AUGUUCUGCAGUCGUUUGAGGUCAGCUCUCCGCCUGCCUCGGUUGUCUUUGUUCUUGUUAUGCACUGCAAGUCUCUUGAGCACAGAAUUCAAAUGCACACGAGCGGUGCAGGUGACGUCUACAGGCCCGCAGACCAUCCAGAAGGCCAAGGGGGAGAGUGUGACUUUGGGCUGCAGUUACACACUGAGCGCUUUAGAUACUGGAGAACUUGAUAUUGAAUGGUCACUGGUCAGCCCGGACACCACACAGAAAGAUCACAUGCUCAUCUCUUAUUCCAGCGGCAACAAAUACGACCAUGGUAACCAUGCUCUUGUAAAUGGGCUCAGCUUUGCCGCUCCUGAUCCCUCACUGGGUGAUGCUUCGCUCUCAAUCGCUCUGCUGUCACCUGCUCAUAGUGCUACCUAUCAGUGUAAAGUGAAGAAAUCACCUGGAGUGGACAUGCGGAAGGUGUCACUGCUGGUAAUGGUGAAACCGUCUGUGCCUAAGUGCUGGGUGGAGGGAGGGGAGCUGGUUGGCGAGCCUGUGUCCCUGCACUGCAAGUCUGCACAAGGCUCCACUCCCUUAAAGUACACAUGGAGGAGAGAAAGUGGUGGCCUCAUGCCUGCUGCAGCCACACAGAAUGUAGUGACUGGGGAGCUGAAAAUCAGCAACCACUCGCAGAGCUUUGCAGGAAUCUACCUUUGUGAGGUGAACAAUGCCGUCGGAGCCGAGCACUGCAGGAUCAACCUGAAAGCGAACAAGCCUCCAAACAGAGCGGCGGUGAUAGUCGGCACAGUGGUCGGCUCCCUGCUCCUCAUCUUCAUCCUGCUGGUCUUCGUCGGGGUUCUUUACUGGAAGUGGAGCAGCAGACGUCGCUACGAGAAGGAGUUCUCCAAUGAAAUCAGGGAGGAUGUUCCGCCUCCUGAGAGCCGCCCCGUCAGUCGCCGCACGAGCCGGAGCACCAGUCAGCAUCCACAGGUGACUUACAGUCAGGUGGGCGGCACAGAUGAUGGACGCAUACCGACCCCCUCCACCGACAGCCACGGACACACACCGGUCAAACACACACCUGUCAGAUAUGACAGCAAGUAUGGACACGCAGUGUGACAAUCAGCAGCAGAGUGAACUC